AUGGAUGACACGCAGAGACUGAAGAACGACUUCGACAAUUUGAAGUUCGAAAUGAAGAGGAGUCUCGUUGUCUGGACAGCGCAAUUUGCGCAGAACCCCCUCUCCGUCGCAGCCCAACUACUAGCAUUCCAUGCAGCACUCAAAGUCUGGAAAGGCCAUGCGGCAUUCCGAGACGACCCCGCGUCCGCAUCGAAAUGCAAUGCGGUCCUCAAUGACCUGCUCCUCAUCAGCCACGACCUUGAGAGACUGCACCAUGUCAAACUGGACGGUCAGGAUCCCCAGAAGACUCUGUCAGCACUUAAAACUGCUACUACUAAUAUUCUAGAUAACAUGCGCAUCCUGAGUGUGCGAGUUGAAAAGCUCGAAGUGCGGAUGUGCUGGACUGAGCAGAAUGAUUCUGUGGGGUGA